AGCGUUCUCCUCUUGUCCCAGCAAUCUUUCCAAAAUUUGGCCCGUAUCGCCGUUCAAUCGCUCAACGACUCCAAAUUCCGUGGGGAGGCAGAUCUCGCAAUUGCAUUUCGACCUCACAACGAUUCGUCCACCAUCCUUAAGCUUUCCAUCCCAAGCUUAAGGCCACACAUAUAUACAAGAUGUCUCGACUGCUAAGGCCCGUUUCAUCGCUGCUGUCGAGCAGGACAGCUCCUGUCGCGCGACGGGCAUUCCGCCGCUCCGACCUGCCGCGUGUUGUGGCCGCACAAUGGAGAGGCUAUGCCAGCGGCGUCAAGGAGAUGACGGUCAGAGAGGCGCUUAACGAGGCACUGGCGGAGGAAUUGGAGCAGAACCCUAAGGUCUUCGUCCUUGGUGAGGAGGUUGCACAGUACAAUGGCGCAUACAAGGUCACAAAGGGUUUGUUGGACCGAUUCGGAGACCAGAGAAUUAUCGACUCUCCUAUCACUGAGUCUGGUUUCACUGGAUUGACUGUUGGCGCUGCUCUUGCUGGACUGCACCCAGUUUGCGAGUUCAUGACCUUCAACUUCGCUAUGCAAGCCAUCGAUCAAAUCAUCAACUCUGCUGCCAAGACGCACUAUAUGUCCGGCGGUAUCCAGCCCUGCAACAUCACCUUCCGUGGGCCCAACGGCUUCGCCGCCGGUGUUGCCGCACAGCACUCCCAGGAUUACUCCGCCUGGUACGGCUCCAUCCCCGGCCUCAAGGUCGUCACCCCAUGGUCCGCCGAAGAUGCCAAGGGACUCCUCAAGGCCGCUAUCCGCGACCCCAACCCAGUCGUCGUUCUCGAGAACGAGCUCCUUUACGGACAAUCCUUCCCGAUGUCCGAGGAGGCCCAGAGGAGCGACUUCGUCAUCCCAUUCGGCAAAGCCAAGAUCGAGCGCCAAGGAAAGGACCUCACCAUCAUCACCCUCUCCCGCUGCGUUGGCCAGUCCCUCAUCGCUGCCGAGAACCUGAAGAAGAAGUACGGCGUCGAGGUUGAGGUUGUCAACCUGCGCUCCAUCAAGCCUCUCGACGUUGAGGCCAUUGUCAAGUCCGUGAAGAAGACCGGCCGCCUCCUGGCUGUCGAGUCUGGCUUCCCCUCUUACGGUGUUGGAUCCGAGAUCCUCGCCCUGACGAUGGAGUAUGCAUUCGACUACCUAGAGGCUCCAGCCCAGAGAAUCACUGGUGCUGAGGUCCCAACGCCUUAUGCUAAGGAGUUGGAGGAUAUGAGCUUCCCCAACGAGGAUUUGAUUGAGGCGUUUGCCAAGAAGAUGUUGAAGCUAUAGGGAUGAGGGAAUGAAAGGUGAAAAGAAGGAGCGAUAGAUAUGUAUUUGUAAAGGUAGCGUGGACAGGAACUGAGCUAAUUAAAUAUGAUC